AUGGCCAAUCCUCGGUUGGAAGUUGGAACUGAUGAGGCCUCCCAAAUGCGGGACGACAUACCUGCUAACAGUGGCGGAUCCACGUCAAAAAACAAUGGCAGCUGCCACUUCCUCCUUCUCUCCAUGACUCCAUCCCUCACCGCUCCACCGUCUUCCUCCGCCAUCGCCGCCUCCAAAACCUACACGGCUCCCUCCACUCUCGCCUUCUCCUCUUCCGUCUCCAAGUCUCUCAACCCUCUCCGAGCCAGAGCCACUCGCACUACUGCUGCUGCUAAUGGCGCCAGCGGCUUCACUCUCGGAGCUCGUAUGGUGUCAGUGCCGGCGAUUACGACGCCUCUGUUGCUUAAUUUCGAGACCUCUGUUUUCAAGAAGGAGAAGAUCAACCUCGCUGGUCACGAUGAGUAUUUCAUGAAAGGAGGAAGGGACUUGUUCCAUUUGCUGUCGGAUGCCUUCAAGGGGAUCAAGCAUAUCGUUGUUAUCGGUAGGGGUUCUUAG